ACCCAGAGCAUCACCAAGGACAAGUGGAGAGGACAAACCCAGAGCAUCACCAAGGACAAGUGGAGAGGACAAACCCAGAGCAUCACCAAGGACAAGUGGAGAGGACAAACGCAGAGCAUCACCAAGGACAAGUGGAGAGGACAAACCCAGAGAGUCACCAAGGACAAGUGGAGAGGACAAACCCAGAGAGUCACCAAGGACAAGUGGAGAGGACAAACCCAGGGCAUCACCAAGGACAAGUGGCGAGGACAAACCCAGAGCAUCACCAAGGACCGAGCAGAUCAGGUCAACCAGAGAAGCAGAAACAUCUGAAAUGUAUGAAGAGGAGGGUCAUCGGGGUUCUUUGAGGACUCAGUACGAGAAGAGUCUGGAGGCUGAACGGAUGGAAUGUGAGGAGAAACUUCUUGCUCUUAGGAUCCGGAAAUGGCAGCAAGGCAUGCGCAUGUCAGAAGAGGAGGCAUUUCAUCCAGAAAUUGACCUGCCGAUGCCAGCUGAAGUCCAAUACACAGAGCCCAAGGAGCGUGAUCAUGGCCAGCAGGAGGUCAUGGAGAAACCUGUAGAACAUUCCACCACACACAUGUCAAGGUCACCAAAAGUAAGUAGUCGAUCAAAGGAGGAGCACUCACCUGUGACCUCAAUGAAGGCUAGACCUCAAGAGAUGGAAAUUGGGGCAUCGGUAUCAUCAUCGCAAAAAUCACCCAGAAUGAAAACAAAAAUUGCAGAGGAGCAUUUCGAACUGUCAAAAUCGAAAGCCAGUCCAGAGAGGAUGUUGUUUGAGAUGGAGAAAGGAGAGCGAGAGCUUCAGCUGUCCAUGGAGAACUUAACUGAGCUGAAGAAUGAAAGUGAAAAGUUUGUCAGUGAAGAAGAAGCAUUAACUCAGCGGAUCAUGAAAUGGCAACAAGAUGUUCUGAUGGAGCAAGACAAACCUGUAAAACUGGAGUCAGACUGGGUGGAGGGUUACCAGAAGACCACGGAGGUCACAGAAGAUGGUGCAGAGUCAUUUCCACAUCCUGAAGUGGUCCGUAAGGGGAGAGAUUCCCUGGAAAAAACAGCCAAGGAAAAGUUUAUGAUGAGUGAAGUGGUGCCUUCUGGUUUUCAAGGUCAAGAAGCUGUGAGGACGCAAUGGCUGCCAGUGGGAGAACUUCCCACAGAACAGCCUGUGGAGGGCCAUGAGACUCGACUGCAAAGGGACAGCGAGUAUUUUGUAAGUGAGGAAGAGGCGCUGGCUCAACGAAUCCUGAAGUGGCAACAAGACGCUGUUGAACAGGAUGAAGUCACAGAGCUGGAGUCUGAUUGGACUUUGGACAGUCACUACAAACCACCUGGGUCUGUCAUACCUUCGGAGAGUGAACUUCAACUUGGUGGCACUCCUCUUCAAACUCACUCUGGAGAACCUCCACAACUAGCUGCACCAACAAAAGGAGCUUCACCUGUUCAGCAGGUUGCAGUGCAUUCACCGCCUUCUCCUGUUGGUUCCUCUUCCAUAACCAGGCAUUUAGAGCACCAUGUGGUUAUCCCUGUUCCUGCAGUCAAAGACCAGAUGCCUCGUCAAGCUUCUCCAGAUCAGAGACACUCUCCAACCAAACCUGCCAGUGGAACCUAUAAAGGGUUUGAACUUCCCCCUUCUCGUGAUGAGAAUAUUCAGCCUUCCAGAGAGUUUUCAUCUGUCAGGAGAAGCUCACCAAGCUGCAGUCCAGAGAAAGAUUCUGGAAAAGAAGUGGAGAGGAGGUUGAGCAGAGAGGAGUUUCCUGUUAUGUCUUAUGAAUCUGACAACACGCGCUUCCAGUCAGAGGUGAGAAAGGAAAGGGAGAUGGGAACCUUGAGAGAGAGCAGUGGACAAAGACCACAGAAAGGUUUUGUAGGUCCAGAAGAAAAAGAUUUUGUGGGGUCAAAAUUAGUUGGUGAAAUGAGUUCAGAAAGGACAGUGAAAGAAAGAUCAAACAUAACUGAGAGAGUCUAUGAAAGUCCAGAAACAAAGCUAAUGAAGAAAGAAGAGUCAGCAAUUGGAGGCUCCCGUCCGGUUUUUGUGAAAGAAACUUCUUCAAUCAAAGUGAAAAUUGGUCAAAUGUCAGAGUUCACUUGCCAGUUCCAAGGUGAGCCACUUCCUGUGGUCACCUGGCUCAAGGACGGACAUCCACUGGCCCACAACCCUGAUUAUGACAUCGUGAGCAAAGCAAACAGCUCAAAGCUGACUGUCUUCUACCCGACAACAGACCACCAGGGUUCCUAUGAUUGUGUCAUAUCCAACAAACAUGGGAAGUCCAUCUGCAGUGCCACGCUCCAGGUCUCAGACAAAAAGGUUCUGAUACCUUCAGGUGGAGAACGCAAAGUGUUAGUUACCGAAGAGCAAGACAGUCAAGAGAGUCAGCUCAAUGAGGAGCUUCAGACCUAUAUGGAUUCAGCUAAGACAACUCUUCAGGUGCCUCAGGCGGUGAUCCAUAAACGCCGCUCCUCAGAGGAACCUUUCAGCUCCUCGCCUGUAGAAAUACGAAUCACAGCUGCUACUCCCAUCCCUGAGAUGAUGGAGGAAAUGAGUGAGGAAACACUUCAGCCCCACUCUAGUGAAACGUCUGAUGUACCACUUGAUGAAGCGGCCUCUCAGACCAUCAAACACAAGUUCACCUUCUCCUUCGAUGUGGUUGGCGAGGCUCCUUGCGUGGUGGCUGGAUUGGAGAGUGCCCCUUGUUUCGAGGGUGACACUGCUAUGUUGGAGUGUAUUAUUACUGGUGAACCUGCUCCUGAAGUCACAUGGUUCUUUGACAAUGUGAGCAUUGAAGUCACAGAGGGAAAAUACAGAAUGGAGGUGGAUGAGAAAGUGUACCGCCUGUACGUUGGUGGUUUCACAGACACUGAUGCUGGUGUGUACAAAUGUGUUGCGAGAAAUAACUUGGGAGAGGUCACCAGCAGCUCAGAGGUGUCACUUCAAGUGAAGAAGGGCACUGGUGUAGGUUAUGGUUUUUCUCCACCUGGAGCACUGAGACAGUCUCCUGAGAAACCCACCGAGUCCCACAAACUGGCUACCACGCAUGUGGAAGCUGUUCGGACCGAGGAUGAGUCUCUCAUUUCACAAUCUCUAUCAGAUCGGCCUGUUAAAGCUCCCAGAUCUCGAGUUGGACCACCAAAGGAAGCUCCUGCUAUAUCUGGCUGUGGUCUCCCGUCUUCUGCAGCUAUAAUAAAUGUUUCUCAAAUGAAACAGGCUUUUGAGUCGGACCCAUCAGUUGCUGUAAUGACGCCUCCUUCUCUUCCGGAGUUGAGAAAAGAGACACAAUUUCCAGAGGAGUUUAUACCUGCAGUGGCUAUUUCUCUCCAACAGCAGGAGCAAGUAACUGAAGCUGAGGCCACACAUGACAAACAUUCUGAUCAGCUACCAGCUUUAACAGCAAACCCAGGUACGCCCAAUGCCCCUCGAAGUCCGCCCGAGGCUCCAGAGACCUCCUACCCGCCCGCAUUUGGGGAAGGAGCACAUGUAUCAGAGGACCAUGAAAUGAAACAGUUUGUUGAGGAAGUGCAGGAGUCUGCAGGUUUGGUGAGGCCAAAGCCACUGAAGCCCCUCCAACCUUCAGAACCGGUGGUGCAUGAGCCAGAAAUAGUAAAGGAUCGGAGAGAGCACACAUAUGACCGCACCAGCAGCUUCAUUCGUUUCGAGCCCGAGAAAGUUCCUGGAGUAAAAGUUUCUGCUCCAACUGAAGGAGCUGUGAAACCAAAAAGACAUUUAGAGUCUGCCAAAGCAGAAAGAGGAAGUCCUUCUGAGGGGUCUGUUUCUGUUCACAUCCACUCUAAAGCUUCUAUAACUGAGGAACCAGUUGAUACUCACAGUCCCAGAGUUGUACUUGGGUCAAAAGAAGGUCAGGAGUGUGAGAUUAAAGGACUAAUGGAAGAAUGUGACUUCAUACCAGACAUACCGAAAGUGGGUGAUGAAGAAAACAUCUCUGGAGAGGAGCUGAUCUCAAUCCCAGAGCUCUCCAUGGACAAAGGAAAACAAGUGGAACUGAUCUCAAUCCCAGAGCCCUCAAUGGACAGCGGUGUCUUUGUUAGCAUGUCAGAAUCACAGAAUGAUGUGACAGAAAAGUUAGUUGGUGAAAUCAAGGAUGAAGAUGAUGGGACUGAUGUUCAGCUUCAACCUCUUACUUUUAUCCCGAAAAUAGAUGCCAGCAACAAAAUGCUUGGUGAGUCUGAGGAUGUUGUCUUCCAGGAAGAAAGUCUCUCAGCGUCUAUAGCUGAAUCUGAUGGAGCGACAGGUGCAGCAAGAGCAGCAGGUGCAGCAGCCAGCUCCAUGGAAGAAGAGGAGGUUACUUUCGGUGCCGUGUAUGACUACUACAACCCUCCAGCAGACUGGGGGCGGCCACUCUCUCCAGAGUCUGAGAUGUCCAUUGAGAUCGGCAGCACUGUGAGCGAAGAAGUAGCCGAUGUGGCUGAAAGGUUCUACACUCCUGGUUCUUCAACAGAGGCCUCACAGCCAAUUGCUGAGUCUCUUCACUCUCCCAAGUCUCCCUUGUCCUUCCACACUCCCAGUUCAGAUACACUCGGUGGCUUCAGGACACCUCAGGAGUAUCCCUUCUCUUCUGUAGAGCAUCAGAGAGCUUCGACUGGAGACUCCAGCGACAUGUUCUUCUCACCGGUUCAGUUCCUGGCCUCUCCUGCUGAUGAAAGCUUUGAACCAGCAGAUAUAAGUGUGGAUGAAAACCGGUUCCUCACCCGAGGAGGACUGGGAACUGUCCAGGAGAAAGUUCAGGGCAUCCCUCCAGCCUUCCUCAAACCUCUUAUCAAGAAAAGAGUGUUUGAGAAUGAAUCACUGACUUUCUUUGCUGAGGUCUUCGGUCUGCCUUCCCCUAAGGUCAAGUGGUUCUGCAACAAAACCCAACUGUUGGCAAACCACAGAACAAUAAUGGAGAGAGAUGGUGACAGUAUCUCACUAACUAUUCACAACAUCACAAAGGCGGAUCAGGGAGAGUACAUCUGUGAGGCCGUCAACUAUGUUGGGGAGGCCAGGAGUGUCGCAUUAGUUGUGGUGGUGUCACAGGAGGUGAAAUUCCUCCCCGCUCCACCCGCUGUCACUCAUCAGCACGUGAUGGAGUUCGAUGUGGAGGAAGAUGACUCAUCACGUUCUCCGUCACCGCAGGAGAUCCUCCUGGAAGUCGAGUUGGAUGAAAACGAGGUGAAGGAGUUUGAGAAGCAGGUGAAGAUCAUCACAAUUCCCGAGUACACAGCUGACAAUAAGAGCAUGAUCAUAUCCCUGGAUGUGCUGCCGAGUAUUUAUGAGGAAGGCACUGUGGACUUUGUUACUCAGGAGCACGAUGACCUGAAAAUAGCUUUCGAGGUGACUGAAAUGCCUCCCAGGUUCAUCAAUCCCAUCUGUGACAUGGAAACUCCGGAGGGAACCACGGUCAUGUUCGAGUGCUCACUGAUGGGAAUUCCGUCUCCCAUCGUGUCCUGGUUCAAGAGUGACAAAAAAAUCCCUCACAACAACAAGAAGUACCUCCACUCUUCUGAUGGAGACAACCACUUCUUGAAGAUUGGCAGGGUGACCCCCCAGGACAGUGGAGUCUACACCUGCAGAGCAAUUAAUGUUGUUGGAGAGACUUUGUGCCGGGCCUCACUGGUGGUCUUAAGUACGCAAGCAUUUUCAGGGAAGACCAGAGGCAGAGAGCUCACUGCCGUGUCACUGGGAAGUGCCAAACUGCAGCCGCAGAAGUUCGAUUUGAUGGUUGGAAACACAUCAUUUGAUGGCGAUCAGGUGUCAGAAAUCGAGCUGGAGUUUGAGUUUGAGCAAGAAGCCGACGAGUCCCAGCGGGCGGUGCGGUUAGUGGCCAAUACAGACAACGAGCUGAGUGAGCAGGGAGAGAAAUAUGUCAGCAUUAACUUCGACGUGUUCGCAGAGCCAGCAAAGGAUGAUAAGGUAGAGUUCAAAGGGAAGUCCUCUGAGAUGUGUAGCUUUCAGUUUCAGGUGACUGAGACGCCGCCAAAAUGUAUUAUUCCGUUGACUAACGUCACUGCCGCGUUGGGGACGCCCGUUAUCCUCCAGUGUCUCGUAAACGGUAAACCGAACCCGACGGCUGAGUGGUACAAAGACGGAGAGCGCGUGACAGACAGCAGGUGUAUCAUCCAGGAGAAAACCGCAGGUCACUUCAACCUGCUCAUCACCAACGUGACUCAGAGCGACGCUGGCGAGUACAAGUGUGUGAUCCACAACUCGGCCGGUGGCGUGGAAACCUCAGCUCUGCUCAAAGUGUUUUAGACCGAAUGCUUCGCAUCCUGCCUCCAUUCACCUUCUCCUAGAAAUGAACCGCACAAACUCUUAAAACCUUUUUGUUUUUGUUGUGUCAGCAUUGUUUACAUUGUGCAACUUUUCAUGGUUUUCUGGGUUUGAGUACAUUUUGUUUUUUUGAAACGUGUCUGUGACAAACCGACUUCAAAAGGAUUAAAUGAUCAUGUGAUAAAAGAACAUCACAGUGUUCUGGACAGUGGGAUUAUACAUUUAUCUUUGAGUUUUUGUGCAUUUGUUGUGUUUUUGCUGAUUAUUUUUUAAACCCAACACGACAACAUUUCAAAUGAAAAUGUAGCAUUUUUGCAUUUUUGUCUCAGAAGUUUCAUGUUUACACGACAACAUUUUUAAAAUGAUUUCCAUUUCCACAGAAAUGGCAGAACCACUGAAAACACUGUAGCUUUGAUGUUGCUCCACUAGUUUAUGCUGUUGUUUUUCAUGAGUCGUGACACUCUGGGGAAUAACGUUCUUAUUGCCCAUCUACUGAGCACCACAACUAGUGUUUGUUAGGUCCAUGAUGCUCAUGGGCAGUAGCAGUUUCCUCUGUCUAUAUGGAGAUGGAGGUGAAGGCUUUUCAAAAAGUUAUUUUCAGUGGCUCAAGCAUCGUUGUCGUGUAAACAUGCUGCCCAAAACACCACAAAGGUUUUAUGUUUUCACUUAAAAUCAUGUAGCUAAACAGACCCUCAAAACCAAUCUCACGUUUUGUGUUUUCAUUUGAAAACGUCAUCUAAAAGGCCUCAGUCUGCCUCUCUCCAGCCUGUCUGUCUGGAAUUACAGCAACAAGUGUCAGCAGCUGUUCAACUGAUUGGAUGGUCAUUUUAUCAUGCAGCUGUGAAUUCAGCAACCUACUGGUUGGGAAAGACCCAUUUCACAUUUGUGUGUUGCUGGUAAUCACGUGAGCCUCCAUUAGCUCUCUGAAAAUUAAAAUAUGUCAAUCUGGCCCCUUCCCACCAGGUCAUAUUCAAGUAGAAUUUUCCCACUCUGAAGUGGAAUGUUUCCUACAUCAAUGGAACAUUUUUUUUACUCUGAUGUGGAACAUUUGUCACUCUGAAUGGGACUUUUCCCACACUGAGUUUGGGCAUUUCCCACUUGAAUGUUCCAGAAUAUUGAUCUGCGAUGAAAGUUUGUUGAACUUUUGGGAGAUUUCCCAGUACUCCUGAACACUCCCAUGUAAUGUUUCUGAUUGGCUGAUAUCAUGAGGGCAAACAAUCAGACACCAGAAGCUGUUCACACGCAGACACACUUUCUCGUUGUUACUUUCGUGUUUCAACAUGGUUGAAAUGGUCUUUGUGCAUUUGGUCACAAUGUUUCUUGUUGACUAUGGAAAACUUGUUUUAUUGAUUCGACUUUAAAAUUAGAUUAUUUUUCAUUUUUUGUCGUAGUCUCAGAGCGAACUGUUCAAGUUUUGGAAGUGUGGAGAAUUUCCAGUGGAUUCAGUCUUUUUUUAUAGAAAUAACAGAAGACUUUUUGUUUCAAAGUGUGAAAGUCCAGGUGUAAUAGAUUCAGAACUUAUUUAUUAUAUUUCAUUUUAUUUUAUUAGGAGAGUCAAACUGGUAAUUAAAAAAACGCAGUAAUCAUUGUGAUUUCACGGUGAAGUUUGAAGGCCAUUGAUAAAGUUCAAACUGCUUUUGAGUUUUAAUUUGUCAUCACAAAUUCAUGCUCAUGUUCUUUUGGGUGAUUCAGAGUUUCUGGGUUUUUUUUUUAAGAAGUGAUGGAGAUCUAAUUAAAAAAAAAAAGGUGAUACUGUGAAUUUUUUUUUUAAUUAAGUUUGGAUGUGUUGUAAAUAAGUGUAAUUUUC